AUGACUCACGCUGCCUCGCGAGGCUGCUCGCUCAGUCAGUACCCGGCUAAUAAUGUUUCCUCGUUGGCAGCCCUGACGUCGGGCCACGAGAUAACGCAGCUGAAGGUCCCGCUGCACGCGGACCCGCGGCGCGCGGCCGAGCUCAGCUGCCACUUCCACAUGGACGACCAGAAACUGCACUCCGUCAAGUGGUACCGCGACCUGCACGAGAUCUUCCGGUACAACCCCUCGCAAAAGACGCAGAUCCGCUUGUUCAACGUGACCGGUGUCAUGGUGCAAGGCGGGUCCUGCGAGCUGGAGUCGUGCGUGGUGCGCGUCAUGCCGCUGCCGCAGGCCACGCGGGCCGCCUACACCUGCGAGGUCUCCACCGAGGGACCCAUGUUCCAGAUCGCCCGCCAGACCAAACACAUGACCGUUGUUGCGAUGCCGGACAAGGACCCAGUUAUAAGUGGGGCUCCGAAUCUGGUCCGGCCGGGGGAUCAGAUGCUGCUGAACUGUUCGACGGACUACUCGCUACCGCCCUCAGACAUUAAUUGGUACAUCGACAACGAAAUACAAAAGCCCGAAGCGUGGCAGCACACGGAGCUGAGCGCGCCGCUGGCGGGCGGGCUGCGCGCGUCGUGGCGCGUGCUGCGCGUGCGCGUGCCCGCCACCGCCAGCGGCGCGCUGCGCGUGCGAUGCGAGUCCGUGCUGCAGGUGGAUCCGCCCGUGCUGCGCGACGUCAGCGCCACCGUCACCGUCUACUCGAGGACGCAGCUCUCUAAAUACGUUUCUAAUAAAGGUGGAAAAGUCUACGUGAACGCAAAUGCGGUAGUUGCAAUUUGGAUCUUCACUAUAAUAUCAAGGUUUAUGAGCUUAUGAGGAUCGAUGUAAUCAUGUCUGGUGAUAUUAGAUGUAAGUGUAGAUACAUUUUUCUCGGCCUACGUUUCAAAAUUAAAAUUCUGUUCAAUGUGAAUGAAAUGUUUCAUAAAU